AUGAACAUGCUAAAAUUCUUCAUUUUCAAGGUGGGAAGAAGUAUAUGUUACCCAAGCCUUCUGAGCCAGAAGAGACACAAGAGCCACAUCAACUCAGUAUCAAUUCUACAGCAGUUUUACAAUCGUCUGCCAAUUCGGAAAAGGUACAUAAAGGCCAUAAAGAAGGGUACCUUGAUAUGGGACAAGGGUCAGGUGAAAAUUCCCCCGCUGAAAAUCGAAGGAUAUGAUCCGCCGAAAAAAUGCCUAUCACCGUUAGUUAAAAAUAGAAAUAACCAAUACCGCGGGAACUUCCAGAAUUUGAAGUCACAUCGAGUGGAGUUCCAAGACUGA